CCUUGAUCUUCAACUCAGAGCUACCGACUGCCCUCUUCCACCUCCCACCCAAGAUUUCAUCUCACAAUUUGAGUUUUCAACAACACAAAACACCUCUUCAAAACCAACAACCAACCAACAGCAAUCAACCAUGUGCUUCUCUGAUCUUGACUUUGCCACUAUCCAUGAUGUCAUUGAAUCCUGGGAAAGACUCCGUCAAAUGAAAGGCUACGAUGUCGAGGCCGGCACUCUUCUCUUCUCACACAUGUUCAACAAGUGCCCUAGCACCAAAACUCUCUUUGGUUUUCCGGUGGACAUGGCGACUGACCACGAAUCAUUGAAAUCCAACCGCAGAUUUCAAGUUCACUGCAAGCAUAUGAUUGCCAUGUUGGGCAAGGCACUCAAUAUGCUGGGACCAGAUGAUGAGUUGUUGACAGAAAUCAUGUCAGAUUUGGGGAAGAAACACUUCCACAUGGGUGUCGAUGACGAGCACUACUACAGAAUCAUGGGAGAUUCCUUGUUCUUGGCAUUGGGUGAACUACUGGGAAAGGACUUCUGCCCACAAGUGGAAGAAUCAUGGACCAUAGUAUAUGGUGAGAUUACUGCAGCCAUGAUCAAUCAGAUUCCAAAGAAAUGAGAUUGGAGGGCCGCGGUGACAAUCAAACAAUACAGACAAUAGAGAUAGAGUCGACCUAGAAUAGAAUAACAAUAGACCUGUAUGCAUAAUCAUAAUCCUAUCUCGGCUGCAGCGGU